AUCUCUAUACAUAGAGAUAGAUUUGAUAGAUGAUCACUAGAUCUAGAUGACUACUGACUAGAUCUAAUCUAGAAUAGAUCAAGAGAUGAUCAGGCAUACCUUUACUUUAGUACUUACUCGGUCUAGUCUAUUGUACUAGUGUACUGAAGACUACUAGAGUCACUGAGUCAGAGUAACAGACUCAAAGCCAUCAUAGAUCUAGACCUAUUUUAUAGAUUCCCAGUCUGGUUCAGAACUAACUAUUCUACAAAUUCAGAGAUAAGAGAUUUCUAGGCAACAUGGAUGAUAUUUUUAGUAAACGCAUCCCUUUAAGCUUUAAAGCUCUUGACAAAGAAGAAAGGAAAGUUUUGGUGAAUCUUCACAUGAGAAUUGAAAGAAGUAAACAUGAUUCUAAAAAGGAGUUGAUAGUCAAACUAACAGAUGACCAGGACUUGUUUUUCCUAUACACUUUACGCUUGACUGAAGAAGAUUUUCACAGCUUGAAACUCCAACAAGGUUUAUUGGUCGACUUCAUAGCAUUUCCACAAAAGUUAAUUGACUUGCUAGAGAUGUGCAUCAAAGAAAACUCCAAGGACAAUCCAAAAUUUAUCAUCCAAUUUGUGAGCAUGGACAGCUGUGGCCUGGGAGGAAUUUCUCCCUGUUUGAUGAAUAUAGUAGAAACCAACCCAUUCAGACAUUUAAAUCAUCUGUCUUUAAAGUUUGUUCCUGGUUCUGAUGCUGACAUCAAAAGUCACCUAGCCAGCUGUUUGAAACAGUUAAAGGAGACCAACAAUCUGCUCCAGCAUAAACUAGAACAUACAAGUCAAGAUUUAAGUAGCAAACUUCAAAGUACUGAAGAGCUUUUAUCAGCUAAAAGUUCUGAACUAGAGAGUCUUAAAUUGGAGUGGUCAUCUCGUAUUGCUGACAUCACAUCAAAACACAAAGAAGACAUGGCCUUAGAGAAGGAAAAAACUAUACAGUUUCAGUCUAACAUACAAGUAAGAUAUGACAGAGAACGUAGAGAAAUGGAGCAGGCCCAUGCAAAACUUGUUAAACAAUUAGAAACUCGACUAGAAGAAGUUGAAAUUUUAAAUAAGGAUCUCACAGACAAGAGAUACAAAUCUGAGGCAACCAUUCGAGAGUACAAGGCAAAAUGUGCUGCAUUGGAAGAGGAGUGCACACAUUUUAAGUCAGAAGUGCAUACACUACGCAAGGAGAACUCUUCCUUGGAAAGUGCACGGCUUGAGAAGGAGAAAGUAAACAAUCAACUUCUAACUCGAGUUGCAGUCAUAGAACAAGAGUUGAAAGACAAAGGGGAACUAUUAGAGAAAUCUAAUGAUUUGUUGUCAUCAGAAAAAGAUAAAAAGAAACAUCUUGAAUCUGAACUAGACAGUCGGCAACGUGAGAUUAACAAGCUGGAGGCCAAAGUCAAGGCCAUGGGAGAGGAAUUGAAAAAAGGCAAUGAAAUAAUAAAAAAAUUACAAGGAGAAAUAAAAACUUACCAUGCCAAGGUCAAAGUUCGUACUCAGAUAGCUACUGAACAAGAAAAAGUGAUAGGAGAGAAAGAGAGUGAAUUAGAAAGUGUGAGAAAAGAUUUGGCCUCUGUGAAAUACAAACUUCAGGAGACAGAAGAUAAAAAUCAGAAGCUGAGCUCAGACUUAGAGAGUGCUACACAGAAAUUAGAAGAGAGCCGGAAACUUCUAAAAACAAAUGAAAAUAUGAUCCAGUGGCUGCACAAACAAAUCAAUGAACAACAGAACCAGUUGGUACAAACAGUGCCCAUGCAGUCACGUGCCAUUCACAACCACAGUACUUCUAGUCAUGGCUCCACCAUGUCUCAAGACAUAGGCAGAUAUCAGAGACCUCCACUGUCAUCAACACAGCACAACCAUCAGGUGGACUAUCAGAGUUUGCCUACUACUAAAGUUGCUAGCUCUGGUAUACCUGUUGCAUUACCUACAAGAAGAAGUGGUUCAAAUCUUCCUGUCAGUGGCAACCAAGAGAAUGUCAACUUACUGGGUGGAGACAGAGACAGGAAUCCACCUUUGGAUCCCAAAUUUCUAAUGAAACGAGAUGAAGCCAUUCCUGUCAGAGGGAUCCUUCACCAACACUCUAAUGCCAGCAAGACACAUUCUCCAACUUCAGAAACCAACACCAUGGUGGCCAGCUACACCAACACCAAUAUGAGGCUCAACAAUGUCCCUCCGUUAGCUUCUGCAUAUUUUCCAGGUCAGUCUUGAGGUAACAUGAUGUUAGUCAUAUGAAAGACAGACCUCAUGGAACAUCUGUUCUGCAAUUGAGCCUAAUAAGACACAAAGGCCAUGGCCACUGACUAAAAAACUGUCUGCAUAGAUAUGCAAGUCUCUGACAAAAACAUAAUAUUUGAAAAGUGAAAUCACUUUCAGAUAUUUGUAUCUGAUGUCACAUGUUGUUAGGUUAGUAAAGAACUUGUUUCAAAUCAUAUUGAAUGACAUGUAUAUAACCUUUUUUAUAAAGGCAAUGUUUUCUUCUGCUAUUGUACAUUAUAUGUAAUCCAAUCAAUUUAGGCAUUUUUUGGUCGAUUCAAUUAAACAAAAUUAUAUUUGAAUAUUGGUUAAAAAGAUUUUUUUUUAAGUUAACUAAAUUAAAAUACUUAAAUCUCAUCCAAGAAAAAAAGAUGUCCAAAUUAACUGACAAAAAGAUAGAAAGUGAGUUUUGUAAAAAAAAAUUUGUUUUAUUUCACAGUUAUUCUCAAUCUUUGAAGAGACUAUUGAAAAUAUUGUGACUAUUUCAAAAGCUGGUACAUAGCAGUUGUAUUUGUAUGUGUUUGUUCAUGACCGUUGCUUAAAAUGUUAUGAGGUCUUAGGUGGCCUAUGAGGCAUUUCUACACAGGGCAGCUUUUGUUCCUCUAUGCAUGUCUACUCUUUUCUCUUCCUUACUUUCUAUAAUACUAAGGUAGCUGGAUCUUAGGACCACCAAUCUGAUUAUACCUGGGUUAGUAGAUCAUGGGACCACCAAUGUAAUUAAAGUUGAUUGGGUAGAUCAUGGGAUCACCAAUCUAAUUAAAGCUGAUUGAGUAGAUUAUGGGAUCACCAAUCUGUUUAUAUAUUAGGGUGAGUAGAUCAUGGGACCACCAAUGUUAUUAUAGCUGUGUUGUCCACCAGCGGUCUAAUGAAGUUCUCUUUUCGUCGUCUGCACCUGUCUUCGAUAAAGGCUUAUCUUUGGGUCUCAAUUGUGUAUCCUGCAGCCUUUUUGAGAGCUCUCCAACUGUCUCUUUUAGAGGUUAUGUCUAUGUCAAUGAUGGCCAAAUGGAGCCUGAGUUGAUCUAUAUAGCGCUUACGGGGGAUACCUCUGUUACGCUGUCCUCCUUUAAGCUUGCUAAAGAAGAUCGCCUUUAGCAUGAGGUCUUCUCCCUUGCAAGAUAAGUAUCCAACCAAGUGCAGCUGUCGAAUAGUAAUUAGUGCUUCUAUAAUGUCCACACCAGCCUCCAGCAAUUUAUAUAUUGCCAUUAUGUAUGUUAAAAUAAUAAAUUAUGUAAUUAAAUUUCUCUGUUACCAUACAAUUGUAUGUUAUAAAUAAAACAUUUCCAUGCAGUUGUUUAA